GUCAGACGCGAGCUGGGGAGCGGCCGCCUCGGCGCAGGGAGCGAGCGAGAGAGCGAACGAGCGGAGUCAGCGCAGCGGCGCCCGACCCCGAGCCGGCGAGAGCGGCCCCGCGCACAGCCAGGGGGCCGGCCCAGGCCGCAGCCCGGCUCCCCCGGAGAAGCGGGGGGCGCCAGACCACCUCCCAGCCAGCGCCCCCUCGGAAGGCAGCGAGACCCGAGGCCUGCCCGGGGGCGGCCUCUCUGCAGGCAUCCUAGCCCGGGAGCUGAGCCCCACAAAGGCGGCCGAGCCGGAGCUUUGGGGCCCCGCCUGCGCCCCCUCUCCGUCGCCCGCCUCGGACCUCCCCAGCGGGGCGCUUUUCUCCAUCCGAGGGAGCGCUCGUCUCCCCGAGGGUGACCAGGGACACAUAGCCGGAGAGGCCAAGCCAGCCCUCGGCAUGACGGAGAACUCGGCCCCGGCUUCCAAGCCCAAGAAGGCGAAGGCCUCCAAGAAGUCCACGGACCACCCCAAGUACUCGGACAUGAUCGUGGCGGCCAUCCAGGCGGAGAAGAACCGGGCCGGCUCCUCCCGCCAGUCCAUCCAGAAGUACAUUAAGAACCACUACAAAGUGGGAGAGAACGCCGACUCGCAGAUCAAGUUGUCCAUCAAGAGGCUGGUCACCAAUGGGGUCCUCAAGCAGACCAAAGGGGUGGGCGCCUCGGGCUCCUUCCGGCUAGCCAAGGGCGACGAGCCCAAGAAACCGGCGGUCAGGAAGGCUAAGAAGGAAGCGAAGAAGGCGGCGACCCCCCGCAGAGCGGCCAAACCCAAGAAGGCGGCCACCGCCAAGGCUCCGGCCAAGAAGCCCAAACCGGCGGCCAAGAAAGUGAAGAAGAAAGCGGCGGCCGCGCCGAAGAAAGCCAAAAAACCCAAAAGUGUCAAAGCUAAGCCGGUGAAGGCGACAAAGCCCAAGAAAGCAAAGCCGGCCAAGCCCAAAGCCAAGUCCAGCGCCAAGAAGUCCGCCAAGAAGAAGUGAAGUCCCAGCCCCCUGGACGCUUUGUGGCGCUUCCUUUGUAAAUAGCGCUCUCCUUUCCCCGGCCUAGCCCUGGCCCUCGACCUUGGUCCCCUUUCUAUCGCAACUUUAUAAGAGACAGAACUUCUAUUCCUCGGAAAUUGUUAAAUAAUUCAUAUAUUCUUAACCAAUCAACCACGAACAGUCCCAACGGCCAAUCUCCAUAAUCAUGAGACUGUCCUUAAUUUUUGUUUUGUUAACUUGUUUUUUAAGAUCUUUCUGAUGUAAAGGAUUUUAAGUUGGGGGGGGUAUUUUGUAUAAAGUACUUUUUGCGGGGUGUGGGGAAUUGGGAGGGUUGGGGGGGGAGUGUGAACAGAGGGAUGGAGACUGCUCAUCCCACCCAGAAGAAAGGGACCUAACUUAGGUAUGUUUUCUCUCUAGUCACAGCCAUUGGGUAGGUCUCCAAAAGGCAGGGUCUGGGGCCCCUCUGAGGGGGAUAAAGCUUGCAGGGACACGGAGGAGGCUUACGGCAGAAAAGGACGCUCCUCUUAGAUAGAGAACCUUCCCAAAGCACACGGCUGGGUAUGGAGGCAACCUGAAAGAUUCUCCCGAGCUCUCGAUUGGGGUUUCAGUUAUACCUCAUAAGUCCCCGAUCGCAGCGAGAAAGCAGCUUAAUGGAACAGCAGCGAGAGGAAGAAGCUGUGACUAUGAGCCAUCUUUUUGGGGAGAGCGUUCCUUUGUGGAUGGGAAAGGUUGCAUUGUCUCCUAACUUCUGGGAGGGUCUUAGGCUAGGGUGGGAACUUUGUCUGACAAAAGUGCCUGAUUUUACCCUGUUUAAGAUUUGUGCUUGUGUGUGUGUCUGCAUCAUUGUGAUAGCUUUGUUUAUUCCUAAGGGUUGGGUGUUUGUUUUUUUUAAAAAACAUUUUCUUGCCUUUUUCUUUUUCCUGCUCUGAAGAGUAGGCUGGUUGGGCCAGGAGUUGGGGGAGCAGCUGCCCUGAGCCCUGACUUUGCUGAAUAGCGCAGAAUAGCGAUUUUUCGGCAAGAGUGGGCUCAGACAGGCUGUCCCUCUAACCGGUGCCCUCCGGCCUAGCCCUCCUCUGGGGUCGCCUUUCUGAACCUCAGCUUUUGUCUAAUGAGCCACGUGUCUGCAUAGGAAAGCCCAACCUCUUAGGACUCUUUUUUUUUUUUUUCCUAGGUAGUUGUAGAUUAGGGGAGGGGGACUGGGAGGGAGUGGGUGGGGAGGGGGGGAAAGGAGCGGAGAAAGACAUCAUGCAGUCAAUUUUGAAUUUGCUCACGUAGUUUUUACAGAGCUGGAUCUGUACCUAGUCAUAGCUUAAGUUUGCUUGGUGCUGUCCCUGCUGCGGGGCAAUUAGUAUGUAUGUUUGUUUCUAAUUACCGAGGAAAAUCUGGCAGGAUCGAUGCCUGCACCCAUCUUUUAUUUGCAUUGUAUUUUAUUUGGAGUGUGGUUAUUACUGUCUUUGUAAUUUCAGAGUUUGAAAUAAAAUUGAAAAAGGACCAAAAAAAAGCCCC